AUGACGGGAGAGCCUGUUCGUAUCCACGUCGGUUCGGCCCAUCUGUUUAAAGAUAAAAGUCGACAACUUAUUAAAUGCGGCGAACGGAAUAUUGUUGUGUGCCUUUAUAACAACCAAUUUUAUGCUAUCGACAACGCCUGUUACCACCAUGGGGGGCCGUUACUUGAGGGCGAUAUUGAGGAUAUGGGUGGCCACCCCUGCAUUGUUUGUCCGUGGCAUCAGUACCGCAUUACCUUAGACACUGGAGAGGGUCUCUACUGGGCGCUGCAGAUGACACCAUCGGGCACUAUCGACAGAAAUGGCAAGCAGGUUGUGCGAUCCAAGGGGAGGAAGCAGCGCAUUCAUACAGUCACGGUUGAACAUGGUGAAGUGUAUGUGACGCUAAACACCUCUGGUCCUGCUCUCGACAGUGAUGCGUACGCCGAGAUGGCUUUAGCGAACAAGGAUCGCCCCAUGACGAAGCCUAUCAGCAACGACGGUAUUCGUUCUAAAACCUUUCACAGUUCCCUCCGUAGUGGGCAGGUCUUGGAAAUGCUUGGGUCGUCCGGAAGCCAAUUGCUUCCAUGUGGCUUCACGCAAGGCAAAGUUGUGUAUUGUGCACGAACGGAGCACGUGUGUGAUGACACAAAGGAGUUCUUUUUCAGUAGUUGCCGUGGUGUUUUGGAUCUUUUCCCCCAACCUGGGCAGUUUGUAGACUUGGAACUACCUAUCCGUGGCCCCUCCGGCAGGUUUCUAAGGCGUCGGUGGACGGUAGUUGAGACGGACAAGGAGGGUUGUCUCUUCACUUUGAUCAUUAAGGAAGCUAAAGGAAGCCGCGGAGGGAGCACAUGGAUGCUUAAAAAUGGUCUGCAACAGCGAUUUCCUCUUCUUUUAGUCGGCGGCCGUUUUACUCUCUCGCAUAACAUCAGGCGGUUGCUCGAAUUGGAGGGACGUGUUGUUGUUCUCUCCGCUGGUAUCGGCUUGACCGCACCGUAUGCUUUGCUUAAGCGUCUCUUCGACGGUUCGCAAUCGCCUGUGCCGACGGAUGAGGGGAAUAUUGCCAUGAUGCAGGUUGUUCAUCUCCACGUGGAUGGGAAGGAGUCACUCCUUCCAAGGUGUGAUGACCUUGUUCGUUGGUGCAGCCAUCAGGGCGAUCGCUUCAUGUAUCGAUUUCACUGUUACCUCACCAAACAAGACCCAAGUGCAAUGUCAAACCACCUGUUGCUUCCUCAUACCACUUGUGGGCGUCGUCCGACAUUGUGGGACGUUGAGGAAUUUAUGGGCGAGUUUGUCCGCACUUCCCCCCCUUUAGCCUUUGUGUCUGGCCCCACCGAGUUCGUAACUAUGGGGAAGAAUGCCCUCCUCUCCUUGGGGGUGCUGGAGUCUGACGUGGUUACGGACGACCCCGAUAAUUUGGGACCCUGA